CAUCCUCCAGUCGGGCAUCACCAUGGUAACAACCCUAAACCAGCAGGGAUUGGCUGGUUCAUUGCCGUAAAGCACCAUUGCACUUUAGCUUUUGUAGCAUCGGUGGCUAACACUGAGCCGGCGAUUAUUUGUGACGUUCUGGACCACUUUAAGUCAUUCACCGCUUCGGAAUAACAUUCAAUUGAAAAUGGCAGAGAAAAACGAAAACCUGGAGGAACAUUUGGAGAAGUUUGUGGAAAAUAUACGACAGCUUGGGAUCAUUGUCAGCGACUUCCAGUCGAGCAGCCAGGCGGGACUUAACCAAAAGCUAAAUUUAAUGAUAACCGGGCUGCAAGACAUCGAGAAAUGUCGCCAACAGCUUCAUGAGAUCAACGUGCCCCUUGAGGUCUUCGAAUAUAUCGACCAGGGCAAAAACCCUCAGCUGUACACGAAGGAGUGUUUGGAGAGAGCCUUGGCAAGGAACGAGCAGGUUAAAGGAAAGAUCGACACCCUGACGAAAUUCAAGAGUCUUCUCAUCUCCGAGCUUGGUAAAGUCUUUCCAGAGGAGAUGGCUAAAUACAAGGCCAUUCACGGCGAUGACGGCCCUUCUUAGUGACUCCUGACCGUUCCACACUUGACCUUUACAAUUUUAAGCCUUGCUUAAAGAGGUUGGCCCAAGGAGGAUCCUCCCGUGAUUGCAACCUAACUGAGCCAACAUUCUUGUUCUUUCUCCUACGAGUUUAUUUAAAUGGAUAGGAAAAUGUAUGCACAUAAUUGUUGCCGAGUUGCAUGGACGUGUAUUAGCAGCAGGUCUUUCCUGAUUUGCCAUGAAGCGGUUGUAUUUAUUUAUAUCUUUUGUACCGAUUCCUACACCUUUUACAGUACAUUAUUGCUCAGGUUUCUGACAGCCAUGGUAACCCUAUGAAUGCAGGCGUUGUUUGGUCUGACCUGUGCUCUGCAUUUGUAUCCCGUUUGUAUUAAAAGUUUUGUAAGUAAACGAUCCUUCAUGGA